GGUCGCCUGUCAUUUAUAUCUAGUGGACUGGUUUGCUUACUUAUCACGGCAGUGAAAUAUGGACUUGCCGUCGCGGCAAUUGUACUGAAUGUACUUUCGCGUUGCGUAGAUAAUGUCGUACCUUUAAGUUGAAGUGCGUGUCGUUCCGUUCCGCGAUGAAAAGCGCGGUGAAUGCUGUGCUUGUUGGCUUGUGACCGUUCAGCUGUCAAAACGGAAAUUGAAGACGUAAUUAUUUAGGAAACACUUCGUGCAGUCGGUUGUUUUGUACGCAAUAUGCUUUAAUGGAGUAAUCUCUUCGUUCCUCACCUUAUUUGACAUUGUUUUUAAGUCACGACGCGAAGGUGAUUCCAAACUGACAUAACCCUCGCGGUUAGACGCAAACGUCAAACGGGACCCUUGCCAGGCUCACGAACACGUAUACGUCAAUGGAACGGAGGUAGAAAAUGGAACAAUUGACGUUUACCUUUUUUGCCAAUCGCGACAAAUGUUCGUUCCGUGCAGCGUAAGAAUUGGAGUUUUUUUCAGUUUUCAUUUUGCUAUCAUGUACAUCGCGAGAACAUCCAGCAUCAAUUCGAAAUAGCUUGACCCCGGUUUUUGUUUCGUACGUGGGUUUGCUAUUGCGGAAUUAACAACACAAGAUGGGUGCAGUGGAGAAACUCUUUAGCGCAAAGCGGUCGCUGGUUAAUAGUUGAUCGCGCUCCGCUUCGUCUUGCAAAGUCGUGCGUAUGUGUGGUUUUUGCGGGACCUGGCUCGAAAGGACAUCACGUAGUUUUCAGAGUUCUACAUCACACUUCCACGCUUGCGAAAGAGUUCAAACCGCGAAUUAUCAGGAUCGACUCACGGCGUUUUACUUCUGGUUGCCAGCAACGUCGCCACCACUGAUAGUUGAACCGCGUCCAGGUAAGCAAAUAACUGGAGACCCAGCACCUCAGAAGGCGCCGCUUUAAGACACCUCUCCCUGACCAGGACUUAUUACGACUGCCAGCGGCCAACUGCAAGAGACAAGGAACUCAUCAUUGUUCGAGGAAAUAUAUAAUUUUUAUCUGUGAUAUUGACUUAAAACCAUUAAUUAUUGUCGAAAGAAGAAAUUAAGCAAAAUAUACAUAAUAAGUAAGAGGAUAUAGUGGAGAAAUUCAGCAAAGGAACGAUACACAAACACUGAUGAGAGAAAAGUUCACAUUCAACAAGUUGGAUAAAGUAAGGUUUACUGUUUAGGUUCUGCUACCGUUAGAAACCAAACCGCACGAAGUACUCAAUUGGAGAUCACUCGGCCAAUCCUGCAGCCGCCAUAAUUGACCACUGGAUCAUCCGAACGCUGAUUAAAAUCAUGUAAAUUAAAUGUAAAUAGAAUCCAUCUUAGCAAAUUCUCAGCACAGUACAACGCUGCUGGCUUCAUUCCUGCUACUUACUGUCGUCAUUCUUCAUCAUUCAAAGUUGAACAACGAACCUCCACAGUGUCUAUCAUUAUUGGAUUUUCUGGUCGAUCCAAAAACACUGCCUCGUGAGCAGAAUAUAAAACCGUCCGGAUCGCUUAUAACCACGAGUCGAUGAUGAAUUCGUCUGCAUCCUCGUCUUCAGUUAACAGUGGAGGUGGGAGUGGCGGGACUGCUGACGGUGGAGAUGGCAGUGAUACUGCCUCAGGCGGUGGGGGUGGUGGCGGCGGAACGGGGUCCGAAAUUGACAGAGGCGGUAGUUUUGUCACAUCUAACUCAACGAGUAUGAUCAAUAAGAGUUUCGUGCUGAGGAAGCCAACCCAAACUGGAAACAUGCAGCAUUCCACCGAUCUUCAUCCCACAACAGACGAGCACAUUUACAAAAUGGCGCCGGAAGCUGUUGAUCCUGCUAUACUGAGCCGUGGCUCUUUGUCUUUGCGACGGUACACACGUUCAGCGCUUUUAAUAUUGCGAGACGACGCUCUGUCCAAAGUUCGUCCUGAGUGUACGAAUGAUCCCCGUCUAUCCAAUCUAGGAUUUUGGCGACUGCCGGACUCGUCGUCGACAUUGUCGUAUUCUUCUACAAGCAAUUCACAUGGAACGGGAGGCGGGAUCUCAGUAAGCGGAAAGAGUAGCGGAGUUGGUGGCAAUAGUAGUAGCGGUAACAGUGGCGGCGGUGUCAACAAUUCCGGCGGAGGUAGAAUCUUAUUUGGGGUGUCGAAUUCAAAUGCUGGCGGCAACUCAAAAAGUGUCAUGGAUCAUCGAAGUAUAUCCUCGUCACAUUUGAUGCCAGCUUUUAUGAAACGGCGUGCAGUGAUACCGAGCGCAUCAACCCUAUCCAACAAUAAUUCGUCUUCCGGCGGUGGUGGUGUCGGUGGCUCGCCAAUGCUUCAAUCAAACGAGGCCUCGAAGGACUCUUCGAUUUCACAGAGACAUCGUAAAGACUCACAGCACCAGCAGAUGUCACAACAAGACAUAAUCCUUUCUCCGCAGCGAAAGUCAAUAAACAUGGGCUGUCAAAUGCCUGCCUCGGCCUCUAAUCAAUAUCCAGAUCGUGACCUACAAACAUCAUUGCGAGAGCGGCGGAUUGGCAGUGGACGAUUGCCACCGCGCGAUGUUAAUUGGGAUUAUAGACCUGAAAAGGAGGCAAUGACGGCAGUGAAUAACGAGAACGAGAACUAUAACAACAGCGGUCCCGCUAGGUUAAGUGGGAGUCAAAACAUAGGGUCAUACCGGAAUAUACCAGGGGGAAGCGGCAAUAGUGGUCAGGAAUUUCGUGAGCAUCGUUUUGAUCGGCGGUCUUUUGGUCGAAACAACUCCGGAAGCGGCGGUGAUUACCUGGAGCGUGAUAACCGCGACGGGAGCAACAAUAAUGUUCGACGCUUUAUUUCUUCUCUGGCUGGUAAUUCGUCAGGCGGGCACGGUGCAGGACACGGAUAUUCAGGAAACGAGCGCCGUUCUAAGCAGUACAAUGACUCACGGUGUGAUGAACCGGAAUGGCUUAAUGCUGGUCCCAUAUCACAAGACGACACAAUUGAACUACGCGGCUUUGAUGAAGCUGAAGACAUGCCCAACUAUCAUCAUUAUGAAAAGGAGGAUAACACACAUGGAUAUAAAUCGUAUAAAUCAGGCGCUAGUAAUUCCAAUCAUAAUCAGUCUUCAUUGGGUAAGGAGACUCACUCAUUGAAAGAUGGCGCUCGAGAAGUUGAGAACGAUGAUCCCCAUCCUGCAACGAAUCAUCAAACCCCGCCACCAGCAAGAAGUACGCCCACUAAAAAUGCUCACGAUACCAACAACAACAUGAACAACAAUGUACCCUCUCAGCCAUCUGAAAGUAGCGACAGUCAUAGCUCGACUGUUGGGGAACGAAAUCAGAAUUCAGAAGAUCGGGACAGCAAGCACAUUAAUCUAAACUUUGAUGAAAUUCUCAAGAUGGAAUCGCUAAACGACAUACUUGCAGGUGACAACAACAAUCGCAAGAGCGGCUCAUCUCGAUUCAGUCAAUGGUUUAAACACUCAAGUCCGACAAACCAGACUAAUAUGGGCAGACAUUCGGACAGUCGUCGAUCUUCGCUGCAUGAAGAGCUAAACAACAUGAUAAAUGUUGAAUCCAAUCAGCAACCCUAUUUGGGAAUGGCUGGUGGCACUGCCUCGCAUCCCCAGCAACAGCAGCGUAUCCACACGACUCAAAAUCAACUACAUCCAGAUAAUAGUGGUGAUAAGUAUUUCGUACCGAUUUCACCAGCAGCCGGAGCAAACAGUCGUCAGCAGUCAUCCACUAAUCAUCCUUUGCUGGACUUUCUACUCAAAAACAAUUUGCUUGGUCAAAACACUCAGGCUAUCCCAGGGGCCGGUAUACCUAGCAGUGGAGGAGCUGCAGCGAUUCCCAGUGUUGAGGAGCUUGAAGCCCGUAUGCGGAAAAAUGAGCCUCUUGGAGAUGCCGUGGGUUUCCAGCAGCCAUCCCAAAAUCAAUUCAACAAACUGUCAUCAAAUGUUGCCCCGGUAACGCAUCACCCAAAUCAUUCCCAGCAACCGCAAACGGGCCAGCAAGGGCUCGUCGGGCAUCAAAAUCACAGCUCACCACCACCUCAACCGCAGGAAAUAGAAAUCUUUAAAAAAAUUAUUAAUGCAUUACAACAGCAGCAACACCAGCAGCAACAACAGCAUCAGCAACAGCAUCUACUUAUUCAACAGAUGCUGUUGGGCCGUGCACAGCAACAACAGCAACGAUCAAUGCAACAGCAGUUCCAUGCACAACAACAGCAGCUACUCCAAAAAUUCAUGCAAAUCAAUAAUAACAGUCAAGUCAAUCGAAAUGAUUUGAACAAGCUUCCCGAAGCUCAAAGCAUUAUUCAGGGUAUCGCUCGUGGCGAGAUCACCCAAAAUUCUUUACUUCAACAAUUAGCUAGUACAUCGGUGUCGGUGCGCGAUCGUGAAAUAAUCAUUUCCGUGCUUAAUCAUUUCACUCAACAACAGCAACAUUCUAAUACUUCGCCCGUGCGCCCAGUGAUUUCACCAUCCACUACUAUUCAGCAGCAACUCCAACUCCAGCAACACUUAACCAAAAACUGUAAUAACAACUCGACCGGAUUAUCCGUUGCUGGCAAUAAUUGCGGGAACGGAAACACUACUAGCAGUGACAAUUGCGGUAAUAAUAAUAGCACCAUAGGUAAUGGUGGAGGAGGUGGUAAUGUUGCUAACGCCGGUUCCACCGCGACUUCCAAUCUAUUAUGUUCCCCAGCUCAAAAAGCACCGCCAGCGAUUGUGCAUCAACCACCUCCAACUGCUCAGUCUUCGAAUGAUAUUCUGCAAUCACAUCUUCUAUUUCAACAGCAAACCCAAAAGUCAUUACGUCUCUCACCGUUACCUAAUGGACUUCCACAACGAAUCCCCUCUCCACGUGAGCUGCAAUUCCACACACAAAGCAUAAUGCAGAACGCUUUAAUCAAAAAGAAGCUGGAAGAGCAACAGGAGAACUAUCGUAGAAGGCAGGAGAUCGAGAAGCAACAGCAACAAUCGCAUCAUGGUGGAGCUUCAGCUAGUGGGAAUGGAAUGCCUGGUGGUUCUGAUCUUGUGGAUCCUAUUACGAUGCAACAGUUUUGUCAUUCACCGCCACCAUCGCAGCCACAGCACCAGCAAUCACAACAGCCACAUAGUAUCCAAGUCAAUUCCCCAACGCCCCUUGCAUUCACCCCGACUUCAGUUCUUCGAAAAAUGACUGCAGAAAAGGAUAAUCUCGGGAGCGCCGGAAGCAAUAGCACCGGCGGUGAUUCUUCAAAGAAUUUAAAUUCGUCGAAUGUUAUGCAGUCCAUUUUAAUGUCAAAUGUAAAUGCUGCAGUUUCUGUUCAUCAGCAACAUCAAUCACAACCACGUAUGAUACUCGGAAGCGGAAGUGCGGUCCAACAACAGCAAAAUCAACACAGUCAACCUCCGUACGGUGGAACUGGUGGCACGGCUGGAAUGAGUGGUCCAUCAAUCUCGCCUCAAACAGCUGCUCUGCAACAAGUCAUGCGAAAUAAUCAGGCAAAGUGGAAUCAAAUGAAUCUCAAUCAGAUGAAGCCUAUGGGACGACCUAUUCUCAAAGGACGACCUGUGAGCGUUCCUGAUCAGGCGCCUCCAAUGCAGUCUGUCAUAAUUCCACCAGCGCCACAAAUCCCCUACGGCAAAAAUAUGGAUUUUCAUCAGCAACAUCAACAGACAGCAGCCCAACAACAGUUGCAGCAACAUCAACAGCAUUUCCAAUUAUUGCAACAUCGACAACGCAUUCGGGCACAGCAAUUCCAGCAUAUUCAAUAUCGUCAACAAAUAUUACAGAAGCCUAGUGGAAGUAGUGCCGGUACAAAUCAAGGACCAGCAAACAUGUCAAUAAACAGUGUACCGGAUGCAACAUCAUCCGCCUCGUCUAAUCAAAAUUCCCAACCGGUACUUCAUAUUGUUCCAUCGGUCGUUCCGGGACCGACAGUUCCUGGCCCAGGGAACAAUACAAACAGCCCCACAGCAGCUGCUGCUGGCGUGGCAAACAGUGGAAACAGUAGCGGCAUCGGAAUAAAUUAUCAACGUGAUGGCGGACUGUCGCCAACAAGUAAUCAGUUAGCACGAUGGUUCUCACCAGAACUAUUAGCUAAAGCGUCAGCUGGAAAGCUACCAUCACUGAAUAUGGGACAGGCACUGAGCUUGGAAGAAUUCGAACGAAGUAUCCAACAUUCCUCGGCUGCAGUACACAAUUAAUUAUGUCUAUCUAGAGAAACAAUGAAGGAUGUGAGAGUUUGGCAGCGCUCCUCCAGUGUCUAUCUGAAAUAGAGGGGAGUAAUUCACUUUCAGAAAGGUCUACAAUUAAAUUCGUUACUGUCAUCCUAUCGUGAUCGUUCUACUUCAAAAUCAUCAUUUAUGCCGCCGCUUCGUUGGAAUUCUGUGGAGUUAAUUACAAUAAUUGACGCUUAAAAACCUGAGUUCUCAUGCCCGCGUGACCUAUUCAAUUAUGAGAUACUUCUAUUUGAUAGGCUGAAUUUAUGAAUGAAUUAUAUAGACUUGUAUAUCUUCACUGUUUCCGCCACCAAUCAGUUGAUACCCCUACUACGUCCUAGCUAUUAUGAAUCUGAGUUUUGAUGUUUGUGUAUCGGUUCCGUCGUUAUUAUUUUCCUUUGAAAUCAUGAAAUCUUAUUUGGAUAUCGCAGGUGUACAUGAUAUCGCACGAGAUUUGAAGUAAACAUGUUGAAAACGAACAUAAUUAUUAAUAUAUUAUGAAAUACAGUAAAUUUCUGGUUCUUCUAAAGAGGGACGAAACUAGAAGAAUGUGAACAUUUAUCAUAAGUUGUAACAAAUUGUCGUGUAAACAGCAAAAUAUGAAAGGAAGAAACCAAUGAUUUCCCACUUCUGUUAUUUCACGUUUUUAAUUUCUUUAUAAAAAGCAAAGGAUCAUGAAUAUUUUAGUUUGAAGCAAAACAAAAAACUCAUAUGAGAAUGAAAUACCGAAAAUAAAGAAGAGAAAAAACAAA